AUCAGAUGUAUUUUGAGAUAAUAGAUCAAAGAAAGGUCAGUCUUCAUUUUCGACUUUUUCUCUCACUUCUGUCUUCACAGUGGUGAAUAAUUUUAAUAAAAUCACUUUAAAGUAUUAAGCAUCCAUAAUGAUCCGUAACUUGAAAUUAAGUGAUAACAUCGCUAAAGGAUGUACCAAAGUUGUGACGACCACAUACACCAAGUCACCGCUCGCAGUAAAAUCAUCCAAGAAAACUUUACCACCAAGGCCAAUUUACCUGACCAACUUCACAAUGCAAAGUAAUCUUUUGUCAAAAAAAUCAUUAACAUCAGUUACUGCAAACCAAGUUCGUAUGAUUCAUACUGAUUUUAAAGUCCCAGAUUAUACUGAAUACCGUCGUGACUCUGUGAAAGACCCUAGGUCUUCUAGUGCUGAUUCAUAUAAGACUCGUAAUGGCUUUACUUACAUGGUUCUUGGAACCGCCGCAACUGGCGCAGUGUUUUGCGCUAAGGCAAUUGUUCAUAAAUUUGUCUUAUCAAUGGCUCCAGCAGCUGAUGUUUUGGCUUUAGCGUCUGUAGAAGUUAAUCUUGCUGAAAUACCUGAGGGAAAAAAUGCAACUAUUAAGUGGAGAGGAAAGCCACUCUUUGUAAGACAUCGUACAGCGGCGGAAAUUCAAGCUGAGCAAAGUACAUCAUUGGCUGAACUUAGAGACCCGGAAGAUGACUCAGUAAGAACUCAAAAGCCUGAAUGGUUGGUAAUCAUUGGAGUAUGCACUCAUUUAGGCUGUGUACCAAUUGCUAAUGCAGGAGACUGGGGUGGUUAUUACUGUCCAUGCCAUGGAUCCCAUUAUGAUGCAGCUGGCAGAAUUCGCAAAGGGCCUGCACCAUCAAAUAUGGAAAUACCUCCUUACAUAUUCGUAGAUGAAAAAACACUAAUUGUUGGUUAAUGUGUCAAAGUUUAUGCACUUAGAUUUACAUAAUUACAUGUAUGUUAAUAUUUUUUUUUUUUUUAAUAUACUAUUUAAAAAUUUUUUUUUGUUUUUAAAUAUCUUAAAUUUACAUUGAAAUAUUUAAUUUGUAUUUAUGAUGAAAUAUUUCAUGCAACUACACACAGCUGAUUAUUAUUUCAAGUAAAACAUUGUAUAACUUAUCAAGUUUAUAAACUAAAAUACAUUAUAAAUUAGGUAGCAAAUUAUUCGGUAUUGAAUAUAUUUAAUCUAUAUUAUUAGUAUGACAAGUAUUUACUACUAAUUUAAGAUUCUCUUAAUUAAUAGUUAUAAAUGAUAAUUGAAAAUAUAUUGAAAAUUAUAACAUAUUACUUUUAGAGUUUUAAACAAAAAAUAUUAAUGCAAAUUAUACAUGGUAUUUUAAAUUUUAUAUUAUAAAUAGAAUCAUAAUCUUUAUUACGAAAAUAAUAAAAUAGGUAUUCCAAUUUACAA